UAUGAAACUGCCGCUACAGGAUUACUUCCGGCUACUUCAAAACAAAACCAGCAGCAACCAGCAGUAUGUGUGCAUCAACUGCGGAAGAUCUGUUCCGGAAUUAUACCGAAGGAUCAGUAAUACCGUGCUGAAAAUAACCGAAUGCACAAACUGCAAUGGCCCGGCGGACAAGUACAUCGAGUUUGAAGUGCUCAUCAUCCUAAUCGAUCUGAUACUGCUGAGUAAAGCAGCCUACCGCCACAUUUUGUACAACUCGAACUGUAAGAAUUUGUGGAAGAUCGGCAUCAUAUUGAUACUUCUAGAAGCAUACUGUCUAUGGACGGAAACGUUCAGCAAGUUUACCAACGUGCGCUAUCGAUCUGACCACGUAGAUCCGUUCCUGGCGGAAAAGGGAUUCUACGUGUCGUCGUUGCAUAUUCUGAUAGGGACCAUCCUUCUCUACAUCUUUCUAUAUGUGCUCACGAGAGUUCUGUACCGGGUGGACGUUGGACUGGACACUGGUAAGUCCUACCCACUGGUUCUUCUGCAGGGCAUGAUCCUAGCCAGCAUUGCCAAAUUUUUCUUCAUUCCGAUCAUCAUCUGGAAGCAGAAUGCCACCGACUCGGCCAUGGCCAUACACAUCUCCCUCGUGGUGGCCUAUUUUGUGAUCUCGCUUAUUCAGAUACACUCCGUCAUCAGUUACUGUUCCUGGACGAAAUCGGCUGUCAUCGUGCUGCUGGCAUUGAUAUUCAAGACUUACUUUCUAACCGAAAUCAGUUUAUUUCUAAAUGCAUUGAUGUAAAACUAUCG